AUGAAGCCAACGGACAGUUUAGUAUGCUAUUCUUCGUAUUUCGAUGAACAGUAUGAAAUUUGUGGUGCGAGUGAUUUCUGUUUUUUGUUAGAAGAUUAUUCAUUGGAAACUCCGAGCGAAACAAGAGAUCAUCAGCGAAGUUGCGAGCGGCGAGGUUACUGUAAGACAUUAAUUGAAAAUCUGAAAGGCAAAUUCUUAAACAAAUAUGGUCUCAGGCACAAAUGUGGUACUUUUAUGGUAAACGACACAACAUAUACUGAUCUUUGUUGUUGCAGUUAUGACUGGUGCAAUAAGCUGAAGAUUAAUGAAUUGCCGAUAGCGGUAGAUAGAGGAAAGGGUAGGGAACUUGAAAUCAGUCUUAAAGGUUGAAA